AUGUUUCCUCUCCGUGUACACCUGUUGGCAGCGCUUGUCAGCCUGGCGCUGUGCCAGUAUGAGGACUACGACUAUGUGCCGCGCUCCUUGAUAGGACCCUCCACUGCUAAUUGUGACCGCGAGUGCGAAUGCCCCAUCAACUUCCCCAGCGCCAUGUAUUGUGACGGCCGCAAGCUCAAGGCUGUGCCAAUGGUGCCCACAGGAAUCAAGUAUCUGUACCUCCAGAAUAACCAGAUCGAUGAGAUCAAGUCUGGCGUGUUUGACAACGUUACCGCCGAUCUCCGCUGGCUGGUCCUCGACAACAACCAGAUCACCAACGGGAAGAUUGCGGCAGGCACCAUUGACAAACUGACCGCCCUGGAGAAACUCUUCUUCAGCCAGAACCUUCUCACUGAACCAGUGAUCCCUCCUUCCAAGGCUCUCGAAGAACUGAAGAUGACUCACAACCAACUGAACAAGUUCCCGUCCGGGCUCCUGAAUGACAAGGAGAAUCUGACCUCUGUAAAUGUGCAGCACAAUGAGCUCACCUCUGAGGCCAUCGCCGGUGCAUUCAAGGGGUCCAAGAGGCUGCUGUCCCUCGACGUGAGCCACAACAAGUUGAAGAAGCUGCCCGUGGGCGUGCCCGCUUCGCUGGAAAUCCUCUACGCUGACUACAACGACAUCGACAGCAUCGGCGCGGGGUACCUGAGCAAGGUGCCGGGUCUGCGCUACCUAAGGGUCUCACACAACAAGCUGGUGGAUUCCGGGCUCCCCGCAGGAGUGUUCAACGUAACGUCGCUGUUGGAGCUGGACCUGUCUUUCAACAAGCUGCAGUCCAUUCCCGAUAUCAACGAGCAACUGGAGCAACUUUACCUCCAAGCCAACGAGAUCAGCAAGUUUGACCUCUCAAGCUUCUGCAAGUACGUCAGCCCCGUCAACUUUUCCCACCUGAAGCACCUGCGCCUGGAUGCUAACCACCUCACAGCCCACAGCAUGCCACCUGAGACCUCCAACUGCCUGCGCAUGGCCUCUGAAAUCAUGUUUGAAUAA